UUUAUUCCUAACACGAUAACCAGAAUUGGUGAGAAUGGAGGAAUGCGCGGCCUCUGGCCCGGAGGCAUCGAAUUGGCGUCUCUGGUGUCGUCUUUGUGCGAAAGAUCAUCCGGAAAACACAAAUGUAUAUUUCAAAGACGGCGAAAAUACAUGGACGAGUGUUUUGGCUCUGGCUAUCGGAAAAUAUUUUUGGGUUAAUAUUAAAAUGGAGGAUGAAUUGAGCAAUGUUCUCUGUCAGGAGUGCUACUCGCUUGUGGAGUCGCUCAUUGCCUUUUCGGAGCGUGUGAAUCGUGUGCAGGAGCUCUAUAGCCGGCUGCGGCGAGCGACAGCGGAAAAUUCCAACCCAAACUGCGAGGCGCUGCGCAUGGAGUACGGCUUGCAGACAGAUGAAUACAGAUGGAAGCACAUUCUUUCAAGACCCGCAAAAGAGGUUGAUGAUAUGGGGGCUGAUACGGAAAUGGGAAGAGUUGGGGUUAAGUAUGACGAAGACGCCGAAAUUCUUACAGAGAUUGAAGAGGAGGAGUUUGUGCACGAAGAGGACGACGGCAGCGCUUUCGAGGCGCUUUCAGCGCAAGGUGAGGAACAGGAACAUCAAGUGAUUGCAGACGAUACGGUCUUAGUACUAGAGGGAGAAGCUCCAGCAAGUGAGUUAGAUGCCGAGCUUAGCAGCGAGCUUCAUGAAAAAGAACACACCAUAGAGGUAGAAAAUGAUAAUGAAAUCAUUUAUGAGGAUGUGACCGAGACAAUUGAAGAAACAGAACCUGAAGCGGAGCAUGGAUUGGUGGAAACCGAGAACAUUGGGUUCGAGGAGGAUAACGACGGCACGGCGAUAAAAUACUCAUGUGCGAUAUGCGGCAAAGGCUACAAGAAGCCCAUGUCCUAUAAACGACACAUGGACGAAGCGCAUAACAUGGUACCCGGAGAUUUGCCAGAUCUGAGCUGCAAACGUUGUCAUCGCAGCUUCCCCACAGAAUCUCAACUUACUGCACACUAUCGCACACAUCUGCGGCCCCAGGAAAAGUCUGAUUUGUUAUGCAACUACUGCAGCAAGACCUUUACAACUCAUGCAGCCCUCAAGCGUCACAUAGCUGGCCAGCAUGAUAAUCUCAAGCCUUACAUAUGCGAUUGUUGCGGAAAGGCGCUCAAAACAAUGUCGGCACUCACCGAGCACAAGCUAGUACAUACAGAUAAUUGCCCGUUUGAGUGUGUCGUGUGCCAUCGGCGUUUCAAAAACAAAGCGCGACUGAAGGCUCACGCAGAUAUACACACCAACAACAACUACGAGUGCGACAUUUGCGGCAUGAAGCUGAACACGCGACGAACCUUUAACAUGCAUAAGCUGGUGCACUCUGAUGAGAAGCAGUACAAGUGUGAUGUCUGCGGUGCGGCCUUCAAGCGAGGCAAGACGUUGAAAGCGCAUCUAAUACUGCACACUGGCAUACGACCGUAUAAAUGCAACUUUUGUGGCAAGGACUUUUCAAAUGGCUCCAAUUGCCGCAUGCACAAACGCAAGACGCAUCCGAAAGAGCUCGCCGAGGAGGAAUCCAGUGGCGUGGUGCGUGCUACCUACCUGCCCAUGAUUAAUGAGUUGUCUGAGGCUUCAAAGCGUCUGAAAGCACCACGAAAAAUUGGCUUUCCCAAAAAAAAUAAAGCGUUGACGAAUAGAAACGGGACGGGAGUAAAUACCGAAUCUGAGUCCCAGGCGGAGCUAGAUAAUCAAGAGGAAUUUGUUCAUGUGGAAGAGAGCAGCUCACAAUUUACCGAUACAGAUGGGGACGGAGGUUCAGUUCUCUAUGAACUGGUUGAGGAAAUGGAGGUCACGUAAUUGUUAUUCCAUAUUCCAUAUGAUCAUUUGAAACGGGACGCGGAUAAUACCGAAUCCCAGUCCCAGAUGGAGCCAGAUCAUCAAGAGGAACUUGUUCAUGUGGAAGAGAGCAGCUCACAUUUUACCGAUACAGAUGGGGAAGGAGGUUUAGUUCUCUAUGAACUAGUUGAAGGUCACGUAACUGUUAUUCCAUAGUGUAAUAAAUUUCAGAGCUCUAUUUAUAUACAAACA